AUGGAAAUUGAAAAAUGGAAAACUCAAUGUAGAUACCUUUAAAAUGAAUUAGAUUCAAUGAAAUAAUAAUUAUCAGAUGCCAAAGAUCUAAUAAGAUUAAAUAAGGAAUAAUUAAAAAUUUGUUAUAAUCCACAAUUAUUUGAUUAAAGUAGUGAAUGUAAGGCUGCAUUAGUCUUGUUAAAAUAUGUUUAAGAAGAAAAUGAAGUCUUAAUGAAAAAAGUUGAAUAAUUGAGUGAUGAAAGAAACUUAGCUUUUGAUAAAGUAAACCAAUUAUUUAAUGCGUUUCUAGGCCUUUAUUUCUGACUAAAUCAAUGAAUCAAAUCAAAGAAUAGAAUCUUCAUUGAUUACUAGUCUCAAUAAAACAAUUACUGAAUUAAAGAAGAAAUUAAAUGAAUAGGUCUAGAUUUCAAAUGAAAUAAUGGGAACAAUCUAUUUAGAAAAACAUGUAGUUUCUAAAAUUAUAUAUUUUAGUUAACUUAACCUGAAUAGUUGACUUUAAAUUUUAAUAAUGUUAUUUAAUAAAUGAAUUCAAUGUUAUUAAAAUAGAAAUUACAAAUAGAAGAAUUGGUUGAAUAGAAAAAUGAUUUAGCACAAUUAAAUUUUAGUUUAUCUAAUGAAAUUUUAAAAAUUAGAACUUAAAGAUUCACACCAAGAAAUUAAACAAAAACAUUUUGUAAUUAUAAAUAAUAUAUUUAAUAUAGUUAGUUAAUAUGAAGAUCCAUCUAAAUUCAUUAAUAAUUUAGUAUAAUGUAAAAAUGAAUAUCAAUUAUUUAGUAUAAAAGAGAUUAUUUUUUGAUGAUGAUUCAUAAGAUGAAAAAAUGCAUAUGUAAUAAUCAGCUGUCUUUUCUCCUUUAUUCUCUCCAAGUUUGCCACAAAAAGUAAAACGAUAAUAAAAGUCACAAAUACCAAAAGAUUUCAAAUAAGAACCAGAAAAACACAUACCAAAACUUGAUUUAACUAAAGCUUAACAAAUAUAAUAAUUCAAUAUAAAAAGGAUGUAAUUACUAGCAAAUAAAUUAGCAAAUGAAGGUGUUGAAUAAAAAAUUUAUAUGUAAUUUUACAUUACUAUUAUCUAGGCUAUAAGAUGAAUUAUUGAGAACUAAAAAUAAAUAUCAUGCAUAAUUAGUAUUAAAUUAAUAAUUGGAUUUAUAAUUAACAGAAUGGAACAUCUAAAUGAUGGAAUUACAAAAUGUUAAUGAAACAUUAAUCAAAUCAAACUAAAUGUAUGAAGAAAAAUGGUCAAGCAUCUAUUAAUAAUUUAUAUUCUAUAAAGAAUUCUAUCUAAAACAUAAAGAUUAAAUUCAACAUAACUUAUAAUCAUAUGCUACCUCUGAUGAUCAACAAUAAUUCAGUGUAUUUGAAUUUGAAAAAGCAUUAAAUUCUUCGAAGAUUUAUAAAAAGAAUCCUUCCUAAAAAAAUCACUUAAACAAUAAUCCUGCUCUUAGUAUCAUUAAUUAUUAAGAAGAUACCAUUCAAUAAUCAUCUUAUAGGCUUCCAACAGACAGGUAAGAAGAAGUGAAUAAAUUCUUAACUUAAUAGUAUAAAUGUUGUUUAAUGAUGAUGGCAAAAGAAGUCAUCUCUUUAGAUUAUUAACAUAUUAAGCCAAUUUAGACUGAUAAUAAUAAAGUGAAAAUAAAAAGAAGUUACAGUAACACAAUAGAGUAUUUUCCUGUCUUCUGAUAU